ACAGCGGGCAGCAGUGGGUGAGAGAGAGAGGGUGAGGAGGUGGAUGUGCAGCGGCAUGCUUCCACAGCGUGAACAGCUCCUGCCACGCACCGAUUCCGCAUAACAGCGUAAAAAAAGCCGUUCUUACGCACAGAAACGACGCCUCCGGUUCCUCCGCACUUCCUCGCCGUGGAUGAGUGCACCGAGCGUGGAUGGUUAUGUUUGAAAAGGAGUCGGGACAAGCACUGGACCAGUCGAGCGCCACAGCGAUGCCUUCCAACAAAUACUCUGCUGCUAUCAUGGAGGAGAGCAACAACAUGGCCGCCACAGCAGCGGUGAACGGAGACACGCCUCCAGCUGAGGGCCUAUCAGAGAACGACAGCGGCGUGGAGCUGACCAAUGAGAACAGCCCUCUGACGGCGGCCGAACCUCCCUCCCCCUUCAGCCCCAAACAGAACGGAGACGCUGCCUCACCCCAAGACGGUAAUCGGUGUUCGAGUGGAAGCAGGAAGAGGAGCAAGAGCAGGUCAUCGGAGGAGGACGGCAGCUGGAACUCCUGCAGCGAGGAGAAGUCUUCAGGGUCGUCUCAGCUGGGUUUGAGGAAGAGACCUCAGCCCAGAACCAUCUUCCAGGCCGGACUGACGGCACACAGCAAACCCCGAAGACAGAACCGCAAGCAGGAGCACAGCGCGAUGCAGUGUUCUGGAGCUCCUCGGGGACCCGCCGUCGUGUCCCAAGGCGUCCCAGAGGCUCCUCGUCUGGAGCUGAUGGAACAGGACUCCAAAGACUCGGCUCAGAGCACCAGCACCUCGUCCAGCUCUGAGAUCCAGCCAGAAUACAACGACAACAAGGGUUUUGGAAUCGGCGAGCUGGUCUGGGGUAAGAUCAAAGGUUUCUCCUGGUGGCCGGGCAUCGUGGUGACGUGGAGGGCAACCGGCAAGCGGCAGGCGAGCCACGGCAUGAGGUGGCUGCAGUGGUUCGGAGACGGCAAGUUCUCCGAGGUUUCAGCCGACAAACUGGACUCCAUCACUGCUUUCCCCAAGUUCUUCAGCCAGGCGUCCUACACCAAGCUGGCCUCGUACCGCAGCGCCGUCUUCCAGGCUCUGGAGAUGGCCAGCAGCCGGGCGGAGAAGACGUUUCCUCCGUGUGAAUCUGACAACCUGGAGGACCAGGUCAAACCCAUGCUGGACUGGGCCAACGGAGGCUUCCUGCCCAAAGGAGAGGAGGGACUCAAACCGACGUACAGCGCUGACAGUAACCCUCUGGUCCUCGAUGUCUCUCCACCCGACUACUUCCCGAGUCCAAAGAGGCCCAGAGUGAGUCUCUGUAAGAACAAGGCGGCGCCGGAAGAGUCCUACAGCAGAGAACAAAUGGUGAAUGAAGUUCUGAAGAAUAAAAGAAGUAUAGAAGAUUUCUGCGUCUCCUGUGGAAAGAUGAGAGCAGCAACCUUCCACCCGCUGUUUGAAGGAGGCUUGUGCCAAACGUGCAAGGACGUCUACCUGGAGAUGUCCUACAUGUACGACGACGACGGCUACCAGUCCUACUGCACUGUCUGCUGUGGAGGUCGAGAAGUUCUGCUCUGUGGAAACGCCAACUGCUGCAGGUGUUUCUGUGUGGACUGCCUGGACAUCCUGGUGGAUCCAGGUGCGUCCAACAGCGCCCGCUACCAGGACCCGUGGCGCUGCUACAUGUGCCAGCCGCUGCUGCAGUACGGAGUCCUCAAACGGAGACACGACUGGAGCCUCAAGCUGCAGGAGUUCUUCGCCAACGACAAGGGACAGGAGUUUGAGAAACCAAAGAUUUACCCAGCAGUCCCUGCAGAGCAGCGACGACCAAUCAGAGUCCUCUCCCUGUUCGACGGCAUCGCCACCGGGUACCUGGUUCUGAGGGACCUGGGCUUUAAGGUGGACCAGUACGUGGCGUCGGAGGUGUGCGAGGACUCCAUCUCUGUGGGCGUCGUCAGACAUGAAGGAAAGAUCCAGUACGUCCACGAUGUCAGGAACAUCACCAAGAAAAACAUCCAGGAGUGGGGUCCGUUCGACCUGGUGAUCGGAGGAAGUCCCUGCAACGACCUGUCCAUCGUCAACCCCGCAAGGAAAGGCCUCUAUGAAGGCACAGGGAGGCUGUUCUUCGAGUUUUACCGUCUGCUGAGCGAAGCCAAGCCCAAGGAAGGGGAGGACCGGCCGUUCUUCUGGAUGUUCGAGAACGUGGUGGCCAUGGGAGUCAGCGACAAGAGGGACAUCUCACGGUUCCUGGAGUGUAACCCGGUGAUGAUCGACGCCAUCGAGGUUUCCGCUGCCCACCGAGCUCGUUACUUCUGGGGGAACCUGCCGGGGAUGAACAGCGGAUAUGGGCAGUGUGAAGGACUAAAUACGACAACGCCUCCUUGUUUCAGGCCUCUGUGUGCUUCGGGGACGGACAAGCUGGAGCUGCAGGACUGUCUGGACCACGGCAGAGUGGCAAAGUUCGGGAAGGUUCGUACCAUCACCACUCGUGCCAACUCCAUCAAACAGGGGAAGGACCAGCACUUUCCCGUCCUGAUGAACGGGAAGGAGGACAUCCUGUGGUGCACAGAGCUGGAGAGGAUCUUCGGCUUCCCGGUCCACUACACCGACGUGUCCAACAUGGGUCGUGUUGCCAGGCAGAAGCUGCUGGGUCGGUCCUGGAGCGUCCCCGUCAUCAGGCAUCUGUUCGCGCCGCUCAAAGACUACUUCGCCUGCGAAUAGACGAUGCCGGCUGCAGAUUUAGUCAGGAGCUGCGACGUGCCUCCAACUUUGGCAGCAAAAAGCCAAAAAAAAAAAUAUCAGUGUAAGUAGCUGUUAGUUCCUGGAUUGUGGUUAAAAAAAAAUGCACUGCAGCUUUAACACACACUAACACAGAUGUAGAGGGAAGGUAGCUGCUGUUAUCACUGUUCUAUCAUCCAUCACACAGUCUGGAGGGAAACCGGCGGCUUCACGUUAACAUUAAGACUGAUUUUAAUUUUCCUUUUAAAGCCCUCACAAGGUUUUAAAGUUUUAAAGCUGACACCAGUUAGUAGCUGCAAAAAAUAGAGCUUUUAUUGGCUUUUUUUAACAUUCGGUUGCUCAAACGAUGAUUAAGACGAGCAACGAAACGCCAAAGUCCGCUGACAUCGAGCCGCGAAUGAAUCCGGAUUUCUUCGGUUUCAUCGAUCCGUCUAGAAAAGCCAAAACUUGAUGUUGAGUUUUUGGUUUUUGCUCCAGAUUCUGAGAUAAAACAGUUCAAACACUUGAGUUUAUCUUCGUUUUAACGGAUAAAAAUCAACAGCGGUGCUAUAAGAGGCUGGAAUUUUACUACAAAGGGCUGGAUUUGAGUUGGAUUUAGAUUUUUUAAUGAAAGAAAACACUGGAUGUUUUUAGAAAACCGACGAAAGAAAAGCCUCAAUCAGUGGAGCAAAACUGGAAAUAUGAUGCAGGACUUUUACUGACAAUUUUUUUACUUUUUUUUUUAUAAGCGAACUAGCUUAGUUUUUCUUAAAAAACAGAGAGAAAAAAGCUUUUUUUAUUAAAGAUUCUAUUUUUUGUGUAGGUAGUGUGUGUCCCUGAUAGCUACGUACAAAUACUUGAAACAAGCCAAUGCAAAAUCGGAGAGGUGCUGAAUUUAUGGUUUAUCAACCAGCUGAGGAUAGAAAUGAAUCCCGCUGUCGAUGUUUUUUACUUUUUACUGUCGUCUCUACGCAGCUGGACAGAAGUUAACUUCACUCCAGGACUGAGUUUAUGGUUUUACAGCCGUUUCUGUUCCAAAAAGACAAACAAAAAUGUUUGGGAAACACUGAAUAUUUGUGUAAACGAGCACUGACUACCUUUGGAUUUAAAAAAGAGAAAAUUUGACGAGAAGAUUGAAAGAAAAUGAUCUCAGUGACGCUGGUUGAGCUGUUUUCAACCAGUUCAGGUAUAACUGUGGUUUAUCUUCUCCUGAAAGCCUGAAUAACUGACUUUUAAUAUCAAAACAUGCUGUUUUAAUCCUCCUCAGUAAAUAAAAAGCUUCUUCUGAAAGGAAAGGUCAAAUAUUUACAGAACUUUCUGCUGAAACACUUUAUUUUGGUGCCAAACUCUAAACGCAGUCCUUUGAGAUAUCUUUGUUUUUAUGGUGUUUUUGGUAACUGGAAGACUUUUAAAUGCUGUCGUACGAAAAACAGAAGCAGAAAAAGACAAAAAAACGGAUCCAUUUAAAGUUAUAAUGUGGAAGGUUUAUCGUUAGAACCAGAUAUUUUUCGAAAUUUUUAUUACGACAUAAGCAACUUUUAUUGUUAUAAAACAUUUUAUAAUGCAAAACAACAAAACAAGACACAAAAUUACCCAAAAACUAAAUACAAAAUGACCCAAAACAACAAAAACAAGACACAGAACAACAAAAACAAGGCACAAAAUGACCCACAACAUCAAGAACACAGUAACAGGACAAUACUUAAACUGUCAUAAACAGUUUUUCUUGUUAUAAUUUGAAACCUUUCCUGCUAUAAUAAUGUACAUUCGGGAAUGUUCAGGUUCAUCUGCAUGCUUUUAUUUAAUGUUUGAUCCAACACAUGGUGAGGUAAUGAUGUGAAGACGGGUUUUUAAGUCCAAGAAAGAAGAAAAAUAGAGUAAUUUCCCAUUAAUCAACUAUUUAUGGAAACAUGUCUCAUCAGAAUACCAUCCAUUAUUAUCAAUAACAGCAGAAUUUCACCCUGAAUUUACCCAAACAUGAAGCAGAACUUAUGCAAAUUGUACAAAUGAACAGUUUUCCUCAAUCUGUUCACUCUUUGCAUCAUUAUAAGAUACAUUAUGAUGUUAAAUGUGAGGAAAUAUAGUGCAGAGAACAGAUAAAUGGAGGAAUAAUGCUCAUAUACACAGUCUGAUUUAGUUUUACUUCAUGUUUGGGUUGAGAAAUAACAAGAUUCUGUCAUUAUUGAUCACGAUGGAUGAACCUGACAAAGAGAAUAAUCGCGUCAUUUCUCAUUGAUGACAGCGAGAGGCUCCAUGGACACAAACUUAUCACAAUAAUCAGUCAUCAUGAUCAAUAACAGCAGAAUGUCAACCCAAACAUGGAGCAAAACGCCAAAUCAGAUCAUUUAAAUCAACAGUUUUCCUCAGUUUAUCCAUUCUUUCUGCCAGUUAUAAUGUAAUAACAUGAAACGUUUCUCACUGUAACAGAACAAAUAGAUUAUAUUUACACCAUGAUCGGCUUUUAUUGCUGUUAUAACACUAAAGUUUCCGCAUUAUGCUGUUAAAUUGAUCCGUUUUUUGGUUUUUCCGCUGUUGGCUGUCACCAAAUGUAAAAGUUCAUUACCUCAGAGCUCGUGUGAAUAUUUACUGUAGCCGUCUGCUCCCGUUGGCCCCGUCUGGAUAGAAAUAGCUCCUCUUUUAUCACUGGAACUUUGUGUUUUGUGUACUGUAUCGAUAGAAAGUUUACAGAACUACUUUUUUCUUUAAACACAAAAUGCACAAAAGCUGUUUUAUUUUGAUGUUUAAAUGAUGGGUUCAGUUAAAAAAACUCUUCUAUGGUGCUUCAGAGGCCCCUUAAAGUGCCACCAGGAACAUUUUUCUGAUUUGAUUUUCAAGUCCUUUAAAAAACCAAAAAGUAAGUGUUUACAUACUUCAUUAAAAUUGCUGAACCUGUUGAAUGUUUUGCUUGAAAAUGAAAAAAAAAAACCUUUCUGUAACUGCUUUUUAUAUUGGAUUUCUAUGAUAGUAUAUUUUAACUGAAAUGUGUAAUGUUUUAGUAUGAUAUAGCUCACAUUAAUCAGUAGAUUUUGAUAUCGUGUUAUUUCUGAGUGUGUUUUUGUAGGUUUGUGUGUGAAUGAGGACUUUUUGUUUUCACUAUAACCUUUUUGUGUUUUUUUCAGAAUUACAUCCUCCGCUUUUAUUUGCCUUUUUAUGAAUCUCAAGUGCAAAAGCAUUUCAAGAGAACAGACUCUUUGCUAUUUUUAUACUUUAUUUGAGUUGUUAGAGAAAAACAUUGGUGUUUUUUAUGUUUGUGUACUUCUUAUAGCAACCUACAUAUGAUUUUUUUUUUACUCAAUAAAACACUGAAAAACAGGA